CAGUGACCCGGAAGCAGAAGUGACUUCUACAGGCGGAGUGCUGGGGAGCGGUAGCGGCGACCGCAGCGGCAGAAGCAGCAAUUUACCUGUGUGCAGCUCUAAACUGGGAGGAAGAUGCUAAUUAAAGUGAAGACGCUGACGGGAAAGGAGAUUGAGAUUGACAUUGAACCCACAGACAAGGUGGAGCGAAUCAAAGAGCGUGUGGAGGAGAAAGAGGGAAUUCCCCCACAGCAGCAGCGGCUCAUCUACAGUGGUAAACAGAUGAACGAUGAGAAGACAGCAGCUGAUUACAAGAUACUAGGUGGCUCUGUCCUCCACCUGGUGUUGGCUCUGAGAGGAGGAGGUGGUCUUAGGCAGUGAUGGACCCCCCCCUCCAUUUUACCUCCUUGCCCUGUCACUCGUAAUGAGGCAUCAUAUAUCCUCUCACUCUGUGGGACACCAGAGCCACCGCCCCCUCUCCUGGAUGCCCAGUCUUGUGUGUCUACUGGUGGGAGACUGUGAGGACCCCAGGAUGCAGUGUUCCUGACCCAAAGGGCCUUUGCUGGCUGUUGGGUUUUAGUUUGCAGUCCUGUGUGCUUCCCUCCCUUAUGGCUAUGUCCCAGGUUGUCAAUAAAAUAUUUCCUGGCCUCCUA